AUGCAGCGCACAUCAGGCCUCAACACUUCUUACCAUUUGCCAUGGGCUCUGGUAAUAGCAGCCGUUUUCUGGAGCUGGCAUUUGAAUGUUUUGGCCCAUGAGACCUGUAACAAUGAACAGCGUUACGAGAACCAGGUGAUGUGCGAAGGCAAGCAGUUUGGUUGCUUGGUUCCCUAUCCGGAUAACUGCAGUCUGUUCUUGGUUUGCGAUUGCCUGUAUCCCACGGUCAAGUUGUGUCCGGCUAAUUUAUGGUGGGACAAUAAUACGCAGCUCUGCAAUUACCCUCAAGCCGUGGAGUGUGUUUACUAUUCGAUUGAGACGCCCGAACCCACGGAUGGAACUACAAAAAUUACUCCAGGAUCAACCGAAGGAACCACAAAAAUCAGCCCAACUAGCACUGCGAGUACUCCAUCAAUUAACUGGCCAACUUCUAGCUGGGAUCCGCCGCCACUACCGCCUGGAAUUUCAGAGGAUGCUUGUCGGGAUAAAGAGGAUGGCAGGUUGCUACGGUAUCCAUAUGACUGUCAGGCCUACAUAAACUGUACUAAUGGCUGGCCUGUGCUAAACUACUGUGAUCCCGAUAAGGUCUUUAAUGAUUUUCUGAAAAUCUGCGACACUCCCGAGAUGGCGGAUUGCGAGGAGUUGCCUCUGCCGACUACUUCAACGGAGUUAACGCCCACCUCAACCACCGAAGAAGAUAUUAUCUGCGGCCCAACUCCAGAGGACAUUGCGGAGGAUUAUUGUGUGACCUUGGGAAAUGGCUUCUAUGAUUAUCCCUACAAUUGCAGUGGAUACUUGGCCUGCCGAAAUGGUUGCACCGAUCUGGAUUACUGCCAGCCGGACAAGCUCUUUAACAGCUGGUUGCAUAUCUGCGAUACUCCCGAUUCGGUGCAGUGCGAUCCCGAGCCAUAUCCCACAACUCCAGGAAUUACCGAGAAACCAACUACUCCAGCGACGCCAACCACAAUCAGUACGACAACAUCGGAGGAAAAUGACACCGAAGCCUCAACUGCCACAGCGACGGAAGAGAUUCCAACAACUACGCCUGGACUUCCUGCCGAUGUUAAUCCGAAUGAAUGCAAAGGUUUGCCUGAUGGCACCAUUAUCGCUUAUGCUGGAAAUUGUUCGCAGUACUUGAUCUGCAAAGAUAAUCAAGUGGAAAUGGGUGAGUGUCCGCCCACGCUGCUCUUCAAUCCCGAUUGGCUUGUGUGCGAUGAGCCAGGAGAUUUUACAUGUCUGGGAGACCGCACCACCACACCGAUUCCAACAACCAAGCCAACUACGACUACGGAGCAAACUACUCCCACUCCCACGACAACCACCACAAAAGCCACGACUUUAGGACCCAGUGAACUCUGCGAGGGACAGCCAUUGGGAACUUCGUUUGCAUAUCCCGAAGAUUGCAGCAAAUAUUACUUAUGCAUGGGCACUGGCGGUGAAUGGUUAGUGGCAUCCUGUAUUUUUGGCAGUUAUUUCGAUCCACAAUCCGGAAUAUGUGCCCCCAAUGUCUCACCUGAUGCCUGCAAGGGUGUAGAAGCUACAACUCCCGCAACCACUGUGACUCCAACAACAACUGAAAAAAUUACUACCCUGAAACCAACAACAGAAGAAACUUCCACUACCCAAAAGAUGACGACAACAACUGAGGCUCCUUCAACAGGGGUUUGUGCCGGUCGAAAUGAGAACGAGAAUAUAGCUUAUCCGAAGAAUUGCAACAAGUAUAUCGUGUGCGUUUCACCCAUACCCAUAGCUUUCUAUUGCCCCGACGAGACUUUCUUCAGUUCGAAGCUUGGAGAAUGCAUUGGAAGCUGGGAGGAGAGUGACUGCGAGGGAGAUCAGAGCACUACUACUCCAGAGCCCGGAAUUACGAGACCACCCCCAGAGCCCACAAUGUGCACGAACAGCACCCGGGAUACCUUCCCAUAUCCGGACAACUGUCAGUGGUUUAUCCGUUGCGUGGACGAUUACAUCUAUAUGAUGGACGUCUGUAAUUGCGGCGAAUAUUACGAUCCUAUUACUGGAAAGUGUGGAGCGGAUGUACCAUCUGAUGCUUGUCGCUGGGAUUACACAUCAACAACUUCUACAACCGAAGAGCCGACCACAAGCUCACCAGUCACGAGACCGCCUCCCCAGAAGGGGCCCUGUGACAGUGUAGACGAUGAUGCUUUGGUGCCCUAUCCCAACGAUUGUUCAAAAUACAUUCAGUGUAGUCGACCAAUCGCAGAAGCAUUCGAUUGCGACGAGGGAGAUGAGUUCAGUGUGGCCCUAAAACAGUGUGUGGAUGCUUCGCUGGCCAAUUGUUCUGUUACCACCACAGCUAAGCCUUCAGAAGCGACUACGACUUCAAGUGGAGGAGAUUCUACGUCUACCUCUGGAGAAUCAACAUCGCCUUACCCUCCUACACCAACAACAAAGACUACAACUAUAUCAUCUACAGAGUCAACAACUAAGCCAUCCACUGUAACACCAACAGAAUCCACUACAAUUUCAACCUCUGAACCAUCAACAGUGUCUUCUACCGUGGAACCCAUAGAAACCAGCACUUUACCUACCACUGAAUCAUCAACGACGGCUUCUACUGAAACACCACCAGAGUCCACUACAAUUUCAACCACCUAUGAACCAGAAUCUUCCUCAAUAGAACCGGGAACUACGACUACUGCAAAGCCUGGCGAUGGAGUUUGUGGUGGCAAGACGGACAACUCUUCGGUGCCCUAUCCCAGAAAUUGCAGCAAGUACAUAAUAUGUCAAUAUCCUAUACCCGUUGGAUAUGACUGCCCAAUAGGUUUGGAGUUCAGUCCCACGGAAUUGAUUUGCAUGGAUCCUGAACUGGCUGGGUGUAGCACAAAGUUGACAACUACUGAAGAGCCUACAACUGCAGGAUCUACAACACCUUCAACAACCGAGUCGACAACAUUAUCAACAACUGAACUAACUACACCGAAGACAACUUCUGAAGCAACAACGGUAUCAACAACAACCGAAUCAACAACUCCAAAGACAACUUCCGAAUCAACAACAGUUUCAACCACCCCAAAGACUACAACCGAAUCAACAACAAUUUCUACAACAACAGAGCCAACAACUCCAAACACAUCUUCUGAAUCAACAACAGUUUCAACAACCGCAAAGACUACAACCGAAUCAACAACCGUUUCUACAACAGCAGCGCCACCAAUAACUCUCGAUCCAUACACUCCAAACAUUUGCUGUGGCCAACCAUUGGGAACUCUGCUCGCCUAUCCAAACGAUUGCAGUCGUUAUGUGGUUUGUGACUACCCCAUUCCAUAUGCCGUGGAUUGUGACGAGGGAACGAUCUUUGAUGACAAAUUGCUUCAGUGCACAGCAACACCCAAUGAGAGGUGCCUAUUUCUUUCAUUAUAAAUGUAUAAUUUAAUAAAGUGUGGACAUCAACUAGCAGAA